GUUCGCGCCGGGCAGCACUGAGUGUUCCUGCUCAAACACUGAAUUAAACAUGAGUGGAAUCAGUUCGCUCCUCUGUGUGGCGGUGAUGGUGGCAGUGUUGUGCUCAGGACAAACUCUAGAAUGCUUUCGAUGUGAUCUUGGAUUCUGGGAUGUGUGCUACACCACCAAAACAAACUGCAGUGAUGGAGAACAGUGUUUUGUUGGAAUCGGCAAGGCAGCUUCUGUGCUGGACAUAAAAAUGAUGGGCUGCCUUAAUGAAGAGGACUGCAACAAGACUACCACUGUGGAGUUCCCAGUAAAUAAGACAUUAUACUCCAUGACUACACACUGCUGUGAUGAAGACUACUGUAAUGGAAGUCCUGCAGUUGUGAUGGCACCCUUUACCCUGUUGGCACUAACUGUAGCCCAAACAAUGGGUGUACUAUGAAUAUAUUUUGAUGUAGGUUUUAGUAUAAAGUUGGUGUUGUAGGUUUUGCCACAUCUUUGCUUAAAUGUACUCUAAACAGGUUUGGGGCUUUGAGAAUACUAGGUCAGCAAGA